AGUUAUUGAACCCUCUAUAGGCUGUUCCAUUGACUGUUCUAUCAGUUAUUGAACCCUCAAUAGGCUGUUCCAUUGACUGUUCUAUCAGUUAUUGAACCCUCAAUAGGCUGUUCCAUUGACUGUUCUAUCAGUUAUUGAACCCUCUAUAGGCUGUUCCAUUGACUGUUCUAUCAGUUAUUGAACCCUCAAUAGGCUGUUCCAUUGACUGUUCUAUCAGUUAUUGAACCCUCAAUAGGCUGUUCCAUUGACUGUUCUAUCAGUUAUUGAACCCUCAAUAGGCUGUUCCAUUGACUGUUCUAUUAGUUAUUGAACCCUCUAUAGGCUGUUCCAUUGACUGUUCUAUCAGUUAUUGAACCCUCAAUAGGCUGUUCCAUUGACUGUUCUAUCAGUUAUUGAACCCUCAAUAGGCUGUUCCAUUGACUGUUCUAUCAGUUAUUGAACCCUCUAUAGGCUGUUCCAUUGACUGUUCUUCAGUUAUUGAACCCUCUAUAGGCUGUUCCAUUGACUGUUCUAUCAGUUAUUGAACCCUCAAUAGGCUGUUCCAUUGACUGUUCUAUCAGUUAUUGAACCCUCAAUAGGCUGUUCCAUUGACUGUUCUUCAGUUAUUGAACCCUCUAUAGGCUGUUCCAUUGACUGUUCUUCAGUUAUUGAACCCUCAAUAGGCUGUUCCAUUGACUGUUCUUCAGUUAUUGAACCCUCUAUAGGCUGUUCCAUUGACUGUUCUAUCAGUUAUUGAACCCUCUAUAGGCUGUUCCAUUGACUGUUCUAUCAGUUAUUGAACCCUCAAUAGGCUGUUCCAUUGACUGUUCUAUCAGUUAUUGAACCCUCUAUAGGCUGUUCCAUUGACUGUUCUAUCAGUUAUUGAACCCUCUAUAGGCUGACCUGUUUUCCCUGUGAUGCAGUCCCACUCUCACCUGAUGUGUGAUGUGAACGUUGCGGGACGGUUUCCCCAGACGCAGAUUAAGCCAAGUCCUGGAACUAAAAGCAGGAGAAUCUCCAGUGUAAUAGGUUUUUAUCCUAAGCGCCAGGCUUAAUCUGUGGAAACCGGCCCUCCAUGUUGUAAAACAGUCUUUGUAUUGAAACUUCAAAUCAAAUUUGAUUUGUCACAUACACAUGGUUAGCAGAUGUUAUUGGUCACAUACACAUGGUUAGCAGAUGUUAAUGGUCUCGUACACAUGGUUAGCAGAUGUUAAUGGUCACAUACAUGGUUAGCAGAUGUUAAUGGUCUCGUACACAUGGUUAGCAGAUGUUAAUGGUCUCAUACACAUGGUUAGCAGAUGUUAAUGGUCUCAUACACAUGGUUAGCAGAUGUUAAUGGUCUCAUACACAUGGUUAGCAGAUGUUAAUGGUCACAUACACAUGGUUAGCAGAUGUUAAUGGUCUCGUACACAUGGUUAGCAGAUGUUAAUGGUCUCAUACACAUGGUUAGCAGAUGUUAAUGGUCUCGUACACAUGGUUAGCAGAUGUUAAUGGUCUCAUACACAUGGUUAGCAGAUGUUAAUGGUCUCAUACACAUGGUUAGCAGAUGUUAUUGGUCACAUACACAUGGUUAGCAGAUGUUAAUGGUCUCAUACACAUGGUUAGCAGAUGUUAAUGCGAGUGUAGCGAAAUGCUUUGUAUAAAAAAACAUGCAUCUACUAUUAAUGGCAUGGUUGAGACUGAAAGCCUUUUGUUGGAGACGAUUCUUACACCUCUACACCUGCAUUGCUUGCUGUUUGGGGUUUUAGAAUGGGUUUCUGUACAGCACGUUGAGAUAUCAGCUGAUGUAAGAAGGGCUUUAUAAAUACAUUUGAUUUGAUGAUUAUCAGGAUGUAUAGAACAGGUUGUAUCAUGAUGAUGGGUGGAACGGAGUAAAUGGAAUGGAUUCUAACACAGUGGAACGGAGUAAAUGGAAUGGAUUCUAACACAGUGGAACGGAGUAAAUGGAAUGGAUUCUAACACAGUGGAACGGAGUAAAUGGAAUGGAUUCUAACACAGUGGAACGGAGUAAAUGGAAUGGAUUCUAACACAGUGGAACGGAGUAAAUGGAAUGGAUUCUAACACAGUGGAAUGGAGUAAAUGGAAUGGAUUCUAACACAUGGAAACCAUGGAAACCGUGUGUGAUGCCAUUCCACCUAUUCCACUCCAUCCAUUACCACAAGCCCGUCCUCCCCAAUUAAGGUGCCACCAGCCUCCUGUGGUGCCAUGCUUAUGUCAUUUAUGCCCAAGUGAUUAAUAGAACUGAUCAAUAAGCGUGUUGGUGAGUGAUAAGGGCCAGUCAGAAAGAGAAGGCCGUAAAAGGGCUGGUUUAAACAACACUGACAGGUUCAGGGACGCUCUCUAAGGAAUGAUGGAGGAGAUUACAAUGUAACUGAAGAAUCACACUGCUUAAAAGGUGAGAUCCCUUUUGGCUACUAAACCAGAGCCAUGUCUUACGUAUCCAGCAGGUUGGCUGUAGGGAGGAUCUAUGUGACAUUUUGCUUUGACCUUGUAGCCUAACGGGGCAGUUGAAGGGCACUACGGAACACGCCAGCACUGCAUGAACUUUAAACGUGAGAGUUGACUAAAAGUAGAUGUAUGAAUCUGCUAUGUUCUGAGCAAACUAAAAUGGACUACGAAUGAAUAUAUAUUUUUUACUUAUACUGAUUAAGGAGGUAUAUUAAAGACUUAAAAACAAUAUGAAAUAUAACAGGAAUCCAUUUCAAAUUGCUGCAAUAUUGCUUGCUAUAAGUUACAUUGGGACAAGAUGUCCCAUAACAUCUUCAGUCAUUUGGUGACAUGUUUUUCUUGAAGCGACUUUUUAAAAUUUGUAUUAACUCAGUAGACAACAUAUUUUUUAUUUUAUUUUUUAUUUCACCUUUAUUUAACCAGGUAGGCUAGUUGAGAACAAGUUCUCAUUUGCAACUGCGACCUGGCCAAGAUAAAGCAUAGCAGUGUGACCAGACAACAGCCAACACAGAGUUGAGUAAACCACACCUGUUUCAUUGAUGAGGUCAUUCCAUGGCACUUCCUGUAACCCCGUUGAUAAUGGCUGACCUUGGCUUCGACCUCAGCUCUUCAGGCUGUCUCAGGGAGAUAUACAAACAUUUCCAAUUCACACAAGUACACACUUGAAUAUUUGCUUAUGUCAGGAGGGAAGGGAUUACCGGGAAAAUAAAAAUGUUUUGAUAAUGUACAAAAAAGGAAGUAAUGCUGUAACUCCUGGGCUGUCAGGAGGAGUCAUAGUUGAUUACCAGAAUUCAAAUAUUCUGACGUAAAAAUGUUUAAAAAAAGCUUUAAAUCAAUAUAUAUAUAGUAGUGUUAGAUUGUAUUUCUAAUGUUUUGAUUUCACCUCUGUUACACUAAACAAUAAAGAAGACUACCACAGUAUGGCUGAGGUAAUUAAAGAAGACUACCACAGUAUGGCUGAGGUAAUUAAAGAAGACUACCACAGUAUGGCUGAGGUAAUUAGAGGAGACUACCACAGUAUGGCUGAGGUAAUUAAAGAAGACUACCACAGUAUGGCUGAGGUAAUUAGAGGAGACUACCACAGUAUGGCUGAGGUAAUUAGAGGAGACUACCACAGUAUGGCUGAGGUAAUUAAAGAAGACUACCACAGUAUGGCUGAGGUAAUUAAAGAAGACUACCACAGUAUGGCUGAGGUAAUUAGAGGAGACUACCACAGUAUGGCUGAGGUAAUUAAAGAAGACUACCACAGUAUGGCUGAGGUAAUUAAAGAAGACUACCACAGUAUGGCUGAGGUUAUUAGAGGAGACUACCACAGUAUGGCUGAGGUAAUUAGAGGAGACUACCACAGUAUGGCUGAGGUAAUUAAAGAAGACUACCACAGUAUGGCUGAGGUAAUUAAAGAAGACUACCACAGUAUGGCUGAGGUAAUUAGAGGAGAACAGACCGACUCAGGUAAGAAGCCCCUCAGAAUGAGCUUUUCAUUUAGUUUUUGGUGUCUUGACUUUUCCUGGUUUCAGGUUCAUGAAUAUCAUCACUUAUAGGACUCAUUUAGAUUGUCUGUGAUUUUCUCUGGGCAGAAAGCCCCUGGCCUUGUCGUCAAGAGUAUCAGUAGCUCAGAGAGCCUUACUGACACUCAUUUAGAUUGUCUGUGAGGUAAAACAAGAGGUAGGUUUAAAAUUCUGGCUUUUAAAUGAACAUUUAAUUGAGAUCUUGUAUCGCAUUUGUAUCUGUCUGUGUGAAUGUUACAGUAUAUGUUUACUAGAUAUCUUGACUGGUUUGUAAGUUUCCUCAGAGAAAAAUAAAAGGUAUUCUAAUUUAAACCAGGUGAAACAAGAGAUGGACGAGCUGCCUGUCGGGACAAAAAUUGAACUCUGUGAAGCCAGAGAGCUACGACCCAGAGAUGGGUAACACCAGGGGACCUACAGAGAGCGACCCCAGGACAGAUGCACAUCACCUGGGUAUCAAGGCAGAGGAUGCCCCUCUGUACUUCCAAGAUGGAAGGAUACGCCUGCGGUCGGCUACCAGCCAGCCGUUCAAUCUGACUGCAUUCCGGUCCGACCCAGAAUGGCGGCCUCGCAACCAGAAGGUCCGCCGGUUUCCGUGGACGGAAGUUCUUCUCCAAAACCACGCUGGAGUUCCCGGAUCCACACACAGUACCGGCCGUACUCCUGCGAGGUGUGCCAUAAGACCUUCUCCCGGAAAGCCGGCUUGGACGACCAAUUCACGAUGCGGAACGUCCUUUCGUCUGCCCCCAGUGCGGCAGAACCUUCGCAUUCAAAUCCAACCUGACCCGCCACAUGCGUUUCCACAGUGAUGCGCAGCCCUACGUCUUCCCCCAGUGCAGCCAAGGCUUCAAGAUCUCCGCCCACCUGAAGCGCCACAUGACGGCCCACAGCGGGUGUAAACUGUACCUGUGCCCGGAGUGUGGCCAGAGUUACAUGAGUCUGAAGUAUCACCGGCUGAGCCACACCGGCGAGCGCCCGCUGUCCUGCCCAGAGUGUCCCAUGACCUUUGCCGGGCCGCACACCCUUAUGAUCCACCGGCGACAACACACCGGAGAGACGCCGUUCUCUUGCCAGGACUGUGGGAACCAGUUCAAACAGCGGUGCAAGCUAAAAGACCACGUCAGAAGGAAACACACAGGGGAGAAACCUUACAAAUGCUCCGAUUGCGACAAAUGCUUUGUCACUCCGGCAUCCCGUAAUGCACACAUGGUUGUCCACACCAGAGAGAAGCCGUACAAAUGCAUAGAGUGUGGUAUUAGCUACAGUCAGAGUGGGAAUCUAACGCAGCACAUGAGGAGACACGCAGGGGAGAAACCAUACAAAUGCUCUGAGUGCGACAAGUGCUUUGUCAAUUCUACGUUGCGUAAAGUGCACAUGGUUGUCCACACAGAGGAGAAGCCGUACAAAUGCACGCAGUGCGGUAAGAGCUACAGUCAAACUGGGUCCCUGAAGAGGCACAGGUGUAAGAAGAAACCCAGGUGAGAGGAACCUCCGGGGUACAUCCCAAAUGCCACCCUAUUCCCUAUUAAAGUGCACUAUGGCCCACAGGGCUCUGGUCAAAAGUAGUGCACUAUAUGGAAUAGGAUGCCAUUUGGGACACCGUCCCAGUGUUCUGUGUCGGAACUGGAGAGCAAUGGAGUCGAUCCUUAAAAUGAGCCCAGGUGAAAGGAACCAGGUUAUAGGAUUCUCCGGUGUUCUGAGUAGGGAAACUGGACUUUGUUUAUACAGGACUUAAAAGGGGACAAUCUGUGAUUGGUACAUUCAUUUCUGGACUUUUUGGACACGUAGCCAUUGAUUCUUGAAAAAUAUCAUGAAUAACUGCCUCAUGAACUUACUGCAGUUAAACUGUCUUACCCCAGUAGAACUCAAAAUAUAAGAUCACCUGACCAGGGAAAUCUCUAGGCCUAUUC